CGGCUUGUUCAGUGACUAGAACAACAUACGCUGUUCGGUCACAGCCGGGUUGGAUGCUGCUGGGUCAUGGUGCUCUCUAACGGCUCCAUUCUUCCUCCAACAGGAUGAAGACUAAAGGAUGACAAGACAAUAAACGAAUUGAUGCAUUUCGGCGAAUACCAAAUGCGGGAUGUCUGCGUCCCUUUGGCGAAGCAACGGCGCCGUGAUAACGUAGUUUGUGAAUAGGGAGAAAUGCGUAUGACACGCAGGAAUCUGUCGUAAACUACGUCCUGGGCUCUGUACUCCGGCGUGAAAGUAGAGAAUACUAGUCCGAGUGCUUCAGAUGAUCGCAUAGGAUAUUUUCUCCACCGCAAGCGAGCUAAUGUUAGCAGCCGUGAGCGGAACACUCAGCGAGACCGGGGGAAUCCACUUGUGACGGAGGCCAUGCUAUUAUGCCGCUCGAAAAUGUACCCGAAUAAUCGGAUGACAGCGCUCCGAACCGUCGACGGGAAACUUUUGGGUUCAGUCUACGCGGCGGGCUUGCAGUAAAGGAGGUCGUGUGCGGCUAGCGGGGUCCCGAAGGCCGGUGCGAGGCGAGGAGCCGUGGCUGGCAUGGUGCUGUCACGCAUGCAGCCGAAGCACCGCAUCGAUUGAAAGCCGCUCUGACUGCGUCGCCUCUCGGAUCGGCUAAUGUGCGUGAGGCGUGUAUGGGUCCUGCGUACUCGAGAUCCCCACUCCCUCACAGGGAGCCCUGAAUCCGAGCUGCUCUACGGGCCAUAUUUUUGCCUAGCCUGACUGUCAUUUCAUGUAUGGAUGGACGCUUGCAUGCUUUGACAGAGUCCUGCGUGCAUCGUUGCAGUUGGCACAGUGCAUCCCAAGGAGGGGCUGUUACUCUAGCAAACAGACAUUGGCUCCGUCGAGGCGUUUAAUUUGCGGAGGCUCGCGGCUGCCUGUCUCCCUAAGAACAUUACGUAAGGCUGCAGCGUACGCUACGUAUUUUCGAAGGAAAAAUAUCGGGUGACAUUGCAGUCUCUCCCCCUCUCUCUCUCUCUCUCUCUCCCUUUCUCUCUCUCUUUCGCUCUCUCUGUCACGGAGAGAUAUAACGUAAGCUCCUCUCGGUUAUUACGUCUGUCAAAGGCAGGGAAGGUGGAGCAUUGUCCGUCGUACGUGCUGACGCAGUGGGAUUUCUACGUGUGGUCUGCGUUUCGACCCGCCCUUCCCGCGGUGACGGUGAUGGGUCGGAAGCGGUGUGUCGGUGCAGAUUGUUCGAAGAUGGCGGCCGGGUGCUGCGGGGUGAAGAAGCAGAAGUUGUCGGGAUCCCCCGGGGCGGGGGGUCCCGGCGGGGCGGGGAGCGGAGUAGCCGGGACCGGACAUUGUGGAUCGGAAUUGGGGAUCGGGUCGUCGUCGACUGUGGUGGCCGGGAGCGUGAAUCGGGUGAACGGCCUGGGGGGUCCGGGGGGUAGUAGUAGUAGUAGCAGCAGCAGCAGCAGCAACAACACCAAUGCUCUGUCCCCAACUCCAGGAGGCUACAACUCCACCGGCCUCUCCCCGACUCUCAGUCCUGGCCCUGGCUCCGGAGCCAGGAAAAUGGUCGUUUCGGCGGAGAUGUGUUGCUUUUGCUUCGACGUGCUUUAUUGCCAUCUAUACGGAUACCAGCCUCCUCGAACACCCAGGUUUACAAACGACCCCUAUCCACUGUUUGUCACUUGGAAAAUCGGCCGGGACAAGCGGUUAAGGGGUUGUAUAGGUACAUUUUCUGCCAUGAACCUGCACUCAGGACUCAGGGAGUACACCCUUACCAGUGCCCUUAAAGACAGUCGCUUUCCCCCCAUGACGAGGGACGAGCUGCCGCGCCUCUUCUGCUCAGUGUCUCUGCUCACCAACUUUGAGGAUGUUGGUGAUUACCUAGACUGGGAGGUGGGUGUUCACGGCAUUAGGAUAGAAUUUUUUAAUGAAAAAGGAUCAAAGCGCACCGCCACCUACCUGCCAGAGGUUGCAAAGGAGCAAGGAUGGGACCACAUUCAGACCAUAGAUUCCUUACUUCGAAAGGGAGGUUACAAAGCUCCCAUCACAAAUGACUUCAGGAAGACUAUUAAAUUGACCAGGUACCGUAGUGAAAAGAUGACCAUGAGCUACGCAGAAUACAUCGCCCACCGCCAGCAUCAUCACUACCAGAAUGGCAUCGGGCACCCUCUCCCUCCGUACAACCAUUAUUCCUGACAGCGAGCCGCAUGACCAGUCACUGGACCUCUCGGCGGACAUCUUCCCGGGAGAGCCCGCCCCCUCGUGGUCUAGCUAUCUGUACUACUGUACCAUUUUAUGAUGAUAGUUUCCGUUGCCAUGUCGACAGUCCGUUGGAGGCAUGGCAGCGGGUGGCAAAUAAGCAUUAGGUGAUUAUAAGCGAAAAAAUACAAUUCAUUUAUUUCGUCAUUUUUAUUCUUUGUAUUAAUUUAGUUUUUGCAGCGCAUAUAUAUAUAUAUAUAUAUAUAUAUAUAUAUAUAUAUAUAUAUAUAUAUAUAUAUAUAUAAAAUAUAUCAACCCUUCCUUUUUUUUAAGCAAAUAAACAAGUACUAAGUUUUUUUUGUUUCAACAAAUUUCCUAAAAUCAGGUUUCUCAGUCUGUGGAUGGAAAUAAGUCAUAUUAAAUGAUGGGCUAGUUACGCUUUUGCUCAGAUUUUAUGUAUGCUCAGCUUUAGUGACGUACGCAAUUUUGUUUCCUCUUUUAUUGUUUAUUAGUUUGACUUUUAUAUCAUAUAAGCAACCACAGGGUUUAAGGGAUUCUUUUUCCUCUCUGUGCAAUUCCUCGUGAGUGGUGAUUUUUGUUUUCCCUUCUCGUUUUAUCGUGAGCAUUGUUGUGCAGUGUAGGGUUAUGCAGUGUGGUAAGGAAGAACUAGUCAAGUCUUUAUUUUUUAUUUUCCUCAAACUCUGAGAUUAUUAAAACCACUAUUUUAAAUUAGCUUUUGGGUGCAUCAGAAUAUUUUUUUUUUUCCCCAUAAUGUAAAA